UCGCCCUCGAGCUCCGAAAAGGAGGAAAAAAGAAUUCUCCAUUUCCCCACUCGCUCGCUCUCUCCCCGCUCGCUCCGUCAGUGAGUGUGUGUGCGGGGGCAGCUAGCCGCUAGGGUUUCCGCGACCGCGACCGCGAGCCCCUCCUCGCCGGCGAUCCGGGGCGCGAUCCCGCGCGGGCGAACCGGGUCCCCCGGGGGGUGGAGCGGAGAUGAAGUCGUCGCUGCGGAAGCUGCGGGGCUUCGCUCUGCAGCGGCACGAGCAGCGGGUGGACCGCGACCGCGGCCGGGGCCACUCCACCGCCGCCGCCGCCACCGCGGCGGACGAGCUCCUCGUGGCUGCCCAGGAUAUGGCAGAUAUGAGGAGCUGUUAUGAUAACUUACUUUCUGUUGCCGCAGCAAUUGCAAAUAGUGCAUAUGAGUUCUCUGAAGCACUUCAAGAAAUGGGAACUUGUUUGCUUAAAAGGGUUACGCCAAACAAGGAUGGAAUAAAUGAUAAGGUUUUGCUGUUGCUCGGGAAAUCACAAUUUGAACUUCGGAAACUUGUAGAUAGUUAUCGUGUGCAUGUUCUUAAUACCAUCACCACUCCAUCACAGUCCCUUCUUAAUGAGCUUCAAACUGUGGAGGAAAUGAAGCGCCAGUGCGAUGAAAAGAGAGAAUUGUACGAAUUCAUGCUAAAUGCGCAGAAAGAAAAGGGAAGAUCUAAGAGUGCUAAAGGUGAUACAGGAGCAUCAGAGCAAUUGAGACAAGCUCAGGAAGAUUACCAAGAGGAAGCAACUCUUUUUCUAUUCCGGUUAAAGUCAUUGAAGCAAGGACAGUUCCGAAGUCUUUUCACACAAGCUGCUCGGCAUCAUGCUGCACAGCUAAAUUUGUUCAGAAAGGGGCUCAAGUCCCUUGAGGCUGUAGAGCCACACGUUAGGCUUGCGGCUGAGCAGCAACACAUUGAUCAUCAGUUCAGUGCACUUGAGGAGGAGGAUUACUUUGUUGAGGAUGAAAAUGAUGAUGAUUACAAUGACAGCCAUGAUGGAGAGCUGUCUUUUGAUUAUGGAGAAAAUAAAGAAGCUGAGGAAUCUGGUAAUGCUACCAGGAGUCAUACAGAGGACUUUUUUAAUAGAAGCAAAGAAGAGUAUUCUUCUGUACCACGUGAAAGACAGAGAAUUGUCAGUCAGUCAGCACCUCUUUUUCCUGAGAAAAAGCUUGAGACAGAAGAGAAAAUAAAAGAUUUGCGGCGUUCUGCAACAAGAAAGUUAAAUACUUACGUUUUGCCUACUCCAAAUGAUGUUCGAGCUACUUCUCAGAUAGUUUCAGGAAAUCCUACUUUGGGACCUCUCGACAGCAGAGGUCCCCUCCCAUCUCCGCCCCACACAUCUGCAGAUAUGGGAGAUUUGAGAGACAAUAAACUACCUAGUCCUACAAGAUUAUCUAAUGCACAGUCUGUGCUGAAAGAGAGCAACACCAAUACUGCAGAAACAAGGAAAACACUCCCAGUGGGUGAUAUAGCCUUACCAGGCUAUUAUGACCUGAAGGCUUCUGAUAAUAAAAAGGUGAAGAGAGGGUCAUUUUCUGGCCCAAUAGCUUCCAGACCACGGUCCACAGAGAACAUUGAUGUUCUUUCUGCAGCGCCCAGGCACAGCUCUGCGCAUCAGCCAAUUCAUAUUAGAGUAUCCCCAGGCAACUCACCACCACCUAUUUCCUCACCAAAAAUAAAGGAGCUUCAUGAGCUUCCUCGACCGCCUGUUAAUACAUCAAAAAAUACAGCAUUUCCCAGUUUGGUUGCCCACUCUGCCCCGUUGGUACCAAAUUCUGCCUCAUUGGUACCCAAAGUCCAAGACCAUUUUAGGGCAAGACAAACACCACCAAGUACAGCAUCACCUUUACCAACGCCACCAACACCACCUGGGCCUAUAGCCCGCAGUUUUUCCAUACCUUCUAGGAGGACAUCAGGUAUUUCAGAUGGUAAAGAGACAGAUGAACGUCAGGAUAAGGGAGCUGCCAGAAUGAGCCUUUCUUCUCUUCCUUCAGCGCAAACAUUCUUGGAAGAUCGUGAGCCGUUGUCAGCAGCUGCUGAAUCAGUUAGCAAAACAUAGUUACUUUCCAUGUGCAGGGUAUUUGGUGCUGAGGUGGAUUAUUACAUUAUCAAAUCUCGCUGACGCUGAGCCCUCUUCGUGGAAGAAUGUUGUACAUACUAGCAUGUGAACUCAGCCAGAAUCGCAAAGUAGUCGGUAUUUCGUGUGCCCUUUGGUUAAGAUGUAGUCUGUGCAAAUAACGGGUUUGCGGAAAUAAAAUCCCCAUUUUUCUCACCGAUUGAUUGAUUGACGCGAGAUUUGUUGUUGCCCCCCUCAUUAUUUGCUUUGAAGCAAGUUCUGGGCGCACCAGUUUUCUGCAAGCUUAUGUAAUUAUCACCUGGUUCCCUCAGCUUAUGUAGUUAUCAUCAGUUUCACCCCUGAUCAAAAUUCAAACAAUCUCUGUGUAAGGGUAGGGAAAUCCUAGUUCCCACACUGUAGGAGUUGUCUGGAAAAAAGAAAAAAAACAGAGAGAAGGGCUUUGUUGUUGAUGCAUUGGCCCAAAAUUGAAGGCUUGAGUUUGGCUCCA